GAGGCUAUGUCAGUAUGGUUUCAAAACAGAGCAAAACAGUUAACGGUUGAUGGAUGUAACAAAUAUGAAGGAAAAAUCAAACUUGUGUGAAAGAUUUAGCCGAUGAACAAUCUCUCUAUAAGAUGCUUCAAAGAUUUUUUAUAAAACUGCAAAGAAGGAAGUUAUUAGUUGCAAGCACUAUUGUGGCUGUUAGAAGCUUUACAUCACAAAUAGAUGACUAUGGUGCUGCUCUUAAGCAGUUUUACUUUGCAGUUCAUCCUGAUUUUUUUGAGCAGCAUCCUGCUGAAAAGGAAGUCAAUCAGAAUUCUUUGAAAGUUCUAAAUCAUUUUCUGAGAGAGGUCAAUUUAAAGCAAGAUGUGAAGCCAGUUACAGUGAAAUUUUUCUUGAGAGAAAAGAAGUUAGCAGAAAGCAGUCAAGAUAGCAUUCAUGGUCAGUUUACUCAAGUUCAUAUACGCUUAAGAUCCAGACAUUUUCCAACUUUAGUUCAUGAUAUCCUCUCUAAAUGUCAUUUACCAAUUCAUAAAGAUUUGGAAAGUCUUGUCAAGAAACAGGAGGAACGGCGAACAAAGCAAAAACCUAAUAAAAUAAGAUGGAGUAGUACGUUGAUGGAUUGGAUGGACGAAGAGAUGGUGUUUUCGGAUCCAGUAAAGCCUGUCGAGACUCUUCGCUCUUGGCUCGUCAAAAAUACUGGUACAGCCAGAAUACGGCUGAAUGAAAUGAGUCCCAUUGUAGAUGAAAACCGUCGCAUCAGCAAACGAAUGAUACGACGUCAUAAAUUAAAAGGUUUCGUAGAUGGAGAAAUGGGAUACAGCCAAACAACGUUGAAUGGGGCUUUGAAACAGAUGGAGUAUCUUUUUAAAAGAAGGACCAUCAAUUCGAAGGGUUUGUUUGGAAGAACUCUUAAACUAGGCGUUUUUAAUGGUUUGGAUCACCUUGGACGAUUUAUUAUUGAUAUAACUGAUGUACCAAGCGCGUGGUUGCAGGGCCUCAGUUCCAUAAACGAUUUUGAUGGUCUCGUUCCUGUGCUUGACCUCACUGAGAUGCAGAUUUCAGAGCAGUUGCAAGGCCUCCAGAUAUCACGCAGCCGGACCCACGAUCCAGUGCCUAUCAAACUUUAUUACAAGCAAGCCUCGAAGUUGCUGUGUAGCCUUCGUGAAAGUCGAGAUUUUGAUACCAUGGUAACGCCACUAAUGAACAGAUACCGAGCAAGAGUUACGAGUGCAACGGAGGACCUAAGCAUAGACCCAGAUGGCGUCAUUGUUGUUCCUUGCCUAACCACUUCUGAUGCUAUAUCGUCGUUUUUGAGAUUAAACCACCGUCAGAUACUAGAAGCACGAAAAACACAUGCCAGGUCGUUGCAGGCCGAGCUUAAUACAGUUCAAUCGUGCAAAGAAGUUUUGAAUCUUUCGUCAAUGCGAAAAGACCGCAUCAUAUCAUCAGAGCAAAUGAUAAAAUCCUGUGAGAGACUGAAGCGAGAAGGCGAUCUAGGACUUGAUAGUUUGAAGCUCAUUAUAAGUAACUAUUAUGGAAUUUCCGGGGACGGUGAAAUUCGAAUACCCUGGCAGUGGAAAAGAUAGCUCAUCGCAAAUUUUAAUCUUAAUGUUCCGUAAUUCGUUUUCUCUUUCGUCCUCUGGACAUUGAUUGUAGAAAAUGUUGCAAUUUGAAUUCAUAAUUUCUUUCCUUCGUAUAUUUUCAGACUAUUUCUUAGUUCAAUCGGAAUUUUAUCACAUAUAUUUUUAAAAAGAAGCAAAUCGGUUUUCUAAUGAUGCACUUAGAAGUGUGGCUUUUAAGCCGAACAACAACAGGUUGAAUUA